AUGAAAUUUGUGCUCAUUUUUGGCGCGAUUUUCUGGCCCCGGAGUAGUUGGCAACAAUGUGAUGAUAAUGGAGAGAUGCAUUCGAAUGGUGACAAAUGGAUCCGCAAUAAUCAUUUUUUGGUGACGUGUCGUGGUGGCAAAAUACAGGUGAGUUGGAAUUUCGGAGCCACGUGGCAUUUAUAGAGGGUUACUGUAGGUAAUUUGAAAAUUUUUGGAAUUUUAUCUACCGAAUUUUGAAAAAAUGAUCUACCGAAUUCCGAACUUACAGAGGUACUGUAGAAUUUUUUUUUGAAAUUUUAUUACUGUAUCUAGAGUUACUGUAUUUCAUUUUUGAUCUACGAAAUUCCAAAAAAUUUAGGUCCAGGGGUUACUGUAGUUCUAGAAAAUUUUUGCGAAAAAAACCACGUGGCAGGGUUACUGUAGGUUAUAGUUUCCAAGGAUUACUGUAGAAAAGUUUGAUCUACCGAAUUCAGAAUUAAGAAGUACUGUAGAAUUUUUUGAUCUUCAAAAUUCUGCAAAAUUUUAGGUCCAGGGGUUACUGUAGUUCUAGAAAAUUUUUGCGAAAAAAACCACGUGGCAGGGUUACUGUAGGUUAUAUUUUAUUUGAAAAUUCUUAUAGUUUCCAAAGAUUACUGUAGAAAAGUUUGAUCUACCAAAUUUUGAAAGGGUUACUGUAGUUUUUGAUUUUUGAAGUGAUAAGGUUACUGUAUCAAAAUAAUUUUCAGAAAUUUUUGAGAUUUUUCAGGGUUACUGUAAUUUUUUGGCUAAGCCUAAGCUUAGGCUUAGGCAAAAACUUGGGCUUAGGCAAAGGCUUAGGCUUAGGCAAAGGCUUAGGCUAAAUUUUAUUUUUGAUCUACAAAUUUUCUCCAAGGGUUACUGUAGUGUUUCAGACCUUAAAAUGCGUCACAGAUUCCGGUCACUUGAUAGAUGUUGGCUCCAAAACCCACACUGAAAAUGGCUAUGAAUAUUCAUGCAAUCAAGAAGAACAGCAGAAAGGUACGGUAGGAGUACUGUAGGUUUUGGCGCCAAAAGUACUCUCUAAUUUUUCCAGAAAUCAAUGUGAACUCGUGCAGCACUUUCGCCGAUUUUUCCGAUGAUAUUUUCAAAGAUCGCUUCGCAAUUUGCUGCAUUUCACGGCGUUUCAAAGGAUGUGUUGAUAUAAAUGGAGAUAUUAUAAAACACGGAUAUUUUUUGAUUGGAAAUCAAAGUCUGAAAUUCUGUAAAAUUGCCAAAAAUCAAUUAUCAGCGAGAAUUGAGCCGAAAGGUUGUUUUAAUGGGAGUAUUCAUGAUGAUAUAAAUGAUGAAAAAUUGCAUAUUAAGAAAUAUGUGACUUGGAAAAAUGGGGAAUUCGAAUGGCGGUGUGGAGAUGAUGGAAUUCAUGUGCAGAAAUGUUUUGUUGAUGGAAAAGUUUAUUGGGCUGGAAGUUCGUGGAUUGAAAAUAAUGGAAAUGUUAAAACUUGUUCGACUAUUUAUUGA